AUUUUCUAACGGCAUCGUUUCUACACCAACGUUUCCUAACGUUUCCUAACGUUUCCUAAUCUCGAAUCUUGAAAGCAAAGGUCAGCAAAGACGGUGGCGGCAAAGCACCAGAAGAGGAGAAGCUCAGCAUUCCAGCUUUUGUGCGGAUCACCAAUACGAGUGGCUUUGCCAUACCUGCCAGUAUCAUAAACAGGGCCUGGAUUGCUCUCUCGCACCAGAUUGUCAACAGGAACGAAACAGCUGCCGGAAACCUUGACAAUAACUUCUUGGUAUUCCUUUGGAAUCACGUUCUAGGAAUCGCACCAGUAUCACCAGUCACAGUAAAUACGAUGACUUCCUACGCCAACACAGUGUAUGAUGCCAAUAUUAGCCACAACUUUACUACUUGCAUCAUACCAGAAGCUUUCUGGCAGAAAACUGGCUACCAAGCCACCAGACUGGAGAAAAAGUUGGGGGAGCAAGAGGGCUUUAUCGAUCUCAGGAUUUGGGUUGAGGGUUAUGAGAAUUCACGUCUUUCUGCAAGCCACGGCCUCCCGUCUUCAAACUCCACCAUUCCCUAUAUCUACAUUGGCACUACAUUUGGCCAAACUGUAUGGAGCACGGACUUUCUCUACAAUAGAAUGAAGGCCCACAAUGAGACCAUUAUCGAAAUAUUCACUAAAGACCCAGAGGCGCUUCAGAUCGAGCAUGACUCAAUCGACACACUUUGCUGCAAGACCAAUACUGAUGAUGAGGCACCAAUCAUCUCUCCAACCCACGAUGACCUCCAUCAGUUUGCGAAAGACAACCAUCGAUUCUUGAUCCAGACAUGUCUGAACAAUGAUACCCAGGACUGUAUCGCGAACAUGGAAGGAAGAAAUCCAGGCUUUCCGAAUUUCAACAACGUUUCGAAACUAUAUUAUGGUUUGGAGGUCAUUCCGAUAUCGAGUCGGGGCUUUUCAAGGCUUGAACCAGUCAUGUUCAUCCAAAAGCGACCAAAAGCGAAAACAGGCAAGAACAAGCGCCGUAGGACGAAGCGCAAGAUUGAUGGAGUUGAGCAGGCCGGUGAAGCCAGCGGUGUUGCUACCGUUCAAGCUGAGAUUACGGAGAUUAAUUCAGAUGAGACCACAAAGGUCGAGGAAACUUUGGAGGCAUUUACUGAAGAUAAUGACUUCGAGUUUACCACAGAUGAGACCCCCGACGUCAUCCAUCUUCUGGAAGAGGCGACUACAAACAAAACUGAAGCCAGAAUCUCUGAAACGAUCAAGGACGGAAAAAGUAUUAUUGCAAACCAACGCCAGACAAACCUUCGUGUCUCCACGUCAAGCCAUGGCCAGGAAUCUUCUCAACUCACUGCCCAAUCCGAGGACCAAGCUGGACAGCUGGCUCAGGGCCAAAUAAUUCCAGAAGUCUCAGUUUCAGUCUCAGUCCUUGCCAGAAAUGAAGCAAUUUCAUCUACGACCAUUGCUACAAUAGGCACAAGCAUCGCCAAGAAAUCGGUAUCUCGUCAAGCUGUUGCCCCAGCUAUACAUACAACAUCUUCUCGAACUGAUGCCCCACUUGGAGGCACAGCAUCUGCCCAAGCCCCAACCAAAGAUGCAGUGGACCUUCAAGCUGCCGCUUCAGUGGAGGCCCAAGUAAUUUCUCGGGUUAUUGCUGCCGCCAGUGCCACUUCAAAUCACACUGGAGCUCAUAUUGCAUCAACCCAUGGGCCCCAGUCCAUCAACGAGGAUAGAGCUCGGGUUAUUGCUGAGUUGAGAGCGCAGCCACCACCACCAAGCCUCGAGGAAGCGAGAGCCCGCCGAGCCAGCGUGAAGGAGGAGAGGCGCCAGAGCAUUGACUUUAUUCGUAUGCGUACCUUAUCCCGUGCAUCAGCACUUGGAACCUCAAUGACUCCGACCGCUGCAUCAGAGCUUCUGCAAUUAUCUGAAUCCUCCGGGGCCCUUCCAGAGACAACUGCUCAAGGAAACGAGACUACUUACCAGUCGAUGAAUCCACCUCGGGUUUUGGAGCAUGUCCCAGAACUUUCUUCAAAUGGCGCAACCAAUGAGGGGCAUGUUGCCGACCUUCAUCCGAAGCUUCCAGGUCAAUCCCUCAUAUCUGUUUCCAAUGUGGCCGAUAACGCCACAUCCAUCGCCGACCCGUCUCAGACAUUGCCUCGCUCGCUGGAACAUUCUUCGAAUGAUACAAACCCGAUCUCUGCCGGCCCUUCUCAUUUGGCACAGCUUCCGUAUCCUGUUGCUCAGGAGAAUGUCAAGCCAAAGAGAGGCAAGUGGAUCGCGCCUCUUCCUGAGCAACAGGAAUGGGUCACUGCAUCUCGGCCACCGGGCACAUCGGCUGUCACGACGGCCUCGAAGAAAAAGAACCGUCGCAACGCCAGAUCCGUUCAACCCAGUGUUGAGUCUCGUGUGUUAGUUGGGACCCAGACUGACACUGGGUUCACAUCGUGUUCCGUUGGAACACAGACGGAAUCUGGCGUUGCGACGUCAAUCGCGGAGGACUUGGAGCCUGGAGCUGGCCCAGCUCCAAGUCGUGAAGAUGAGUCGGCGGGACAUGGCAAUACCAAGCCCCCACCAUCUGUCACCUCCCGCGCGUCACUCCAGCGCGAGCUGGAGUUGACAUCAAUUGUGGAGGAUCCUGCUCUCGAGCAGGAUCGUGGAGGUGAGUAUGCACGAGGCAUACUGACCAUGGCUACUCCCUCCACGGCCCACUCUCAUUUGGUCGCCGAGCUCAUGGGAGCCGGCGUACCACCCUCGGCCCUGACAUCCUUGUCACGGUCCGGCCUCGAGGGCCACGAAGCAACUGGUUGCCGCCAACAACCAGUUGGCAUUCACCUCGAGGUCGAGACGGUGACGAUAGGUGGGGUCACCUUCGAGGCUCGUCGGCGUGGAAGCCGGCACAGAGUUGCGGCUUCCAUGCCGGAGCUCGAGCUCGAUUGGUGAUGCGGGAACUGCGAUGAAAGAGCCUGGCGGCGGCUCUGACACCAAAGUUCUCGUCUGAGGACCCUUUACGGCGAGCUGGAGAGGAG